AUGAAAUCCUGUUGCAAUCUUUUCUUCUGUUCAAACAUACCUUAUUUUUCUAUCGAACAUUUUCUUUUGUACUACUUUAUUCGUUUGCAUUUCAUCCUUUUCUCCAAUAUUUCUUUUUCUUCUUCUCUCAUGUCAUUCUUUACAUGUCUUGUUCGCUUAUUUUUCUUUCUUUCUUUUUGUUCGUUUAAUUUCUUUCACUUUCUUUCUUCUUUGCUCUCUGUCAUUAUAUUCUUUGCAUGUAUUGCUCGAUUCUUUCAUUUCUUGAAUAUAUUUCUCGCUUUCAUCUUUUCAAUUUGGUUUCCUUCUUAUUUCAUUCUUUCUAAUUUCUCUUUUGUUUCUAACUUUGAAUUUAUUGCUUCUUUCUUUCCUUUCUUUCCAACUUUAAAUUUAUUGAUCUUUUUUUCUUUUUCCAACUUUGAAUUUAUUGCUUCUUUCUUUCUUUCUCUUUCCAACUUUAAAUUUGUUGAUCCUUUCUUUCUUUCUUUCUUUCUUUUUCCAACUUUGAAUUUUUCUUUCUUUCUUUCUUUGCAUUUAUUGUUCGAUUUGUUCUUUCUCCAUAUUUUAUCUAUCUAUCUAUCUAUCUAUCUAUCUAUCUAUCUAUCUAUCUAUCUAUCAUAUCUAUCUAUCUCUAUCAGCAACCCUGCCUCUGCCGUGAAACGGAUUUCAAAAUCGCAUUCACGAAUAAUGAUAUUUUUAUUGUCGUCAGAAGGCAAAAUAUUCCUUUACAUUCCGUUUCUGUCUCCUCCUCGUCAUUUUUUUAUGAAACCGAUAUUAAAAUACACUUAA